AUGAUCACGAGAACGCUAGCGCGAUUAACUAUAUCCAAACUACCUCUUCUGCUUGGUGCGGUGCGUAGGGGAAGGAUAAGUUUUAAUAGCGAUGAUAUCUACCGCCUGUGCGUUUUGCUUCAGGACGCCGAUGAUGUGCUUUCCUUAAAGAAGGAUAAAGAAUUUAUGACACUCAUUGCCCAUCAGUUUCAUUCAAAGUAUGGCUCUGAGAGUGAGGCCAACGAGGGAAACGAAAAUGGAAAAAUCGUUGCCUUAGGUGCCUUUCAGAAAUCACUUAUUGAUCAAGUUCUUAUGCCUUACAUAAGUUUAGCGUCUAGUUCUGAGGACCUUGUUGUCAAGGGCGAGGUAGAGUCUGCUGUGAUGAAAUUAGGUAGUAAAGUGCUGAAAGAACCAUCGGCAGUAGAGCGCCUUAACGCGAUUUUGGAGAUCGUUUCGGAGGUUUUCGUGGUAUCAUCAUCUUCCGAUAAAAAUUCAUCAUCAUCUUCGCAGAACCAUAGAGUGGCAAUUGGGAUGGAUCAGAUGCAGACGAUUGAGAAGCACAUGGGUGCGCUGGAGUCUCAGCUGCGCAGUCUCACGCCGAUCAAUGUUUGCAAUCUAGUAAAAGCUCUUGCCCGCGUAAAUUAUCAAUCUCAUAAGCAUACUUCUUUGCUCUCUAGACGGAGCUGCGAGGUUGCCACUCAAAUACCGUCUAGCAAGAUUUGCAAACUCUUCUUCAAUCUCCACAAGCUCAAUGCCAACGACUCUUUACAUGCCCUGGUGAAUCAAAUCAUCUUGUGUAUGGAAAAUUUUUCCGCCGAUGAUGUUUACCUUAUUGCACAUUCAUUAGAAAGGCAACUUAAUACCACUCCUUCUGCCGCGCGAAUGCUCUCGUUGCUUGCUAAGCAAGCUAUUAAGAAGAUGCACAAAGCAACUUCCAGCACCUAUCAUCGCUCGCUUCUGAAUGCCUUAUCCCGCUAUGGCUUUCGUGAUAUUGUUGCCGUUUCAACGCUUUUUCAGGAUCUCAUGCGUUUCAAAGACAACAUCUCCGAGCGCGACUUGCCUGUAAUUCUGCAGGCGGCGGUGAAUUUACGGAUUCCGUCAUCUUCUAAAUGUUAUCCAAUGCUGCUUUCCCGCGCGGAAAUGCUAGUGGAGAAGAGUUUAGAGCUUCAUUUAAUCGAUUCCCUCAUGGAUACGAUUUCCUUGCUGCCACUGGAUAGCACGGCGUUGAUGGCAAGCGUGAUGGCAAGGUUAGAUCACGAUGCGGGGAAGCUUUCUAACCCCCAGCUUGUGCAGAUUAUCAGCCUGCUAUCCACGUAUCCGCCCGCAAAAGACCAUAUUUGUAUCGUUUCGCUUAGCUUCACUGCGUCCGUGCGCAAGGACUCUUUCGAUGCGAGUGGUAUGGAGAGCAUUAUUGUGUCUCUUUCCUGUUUGACGCACUUCACGGAGGACUUUUUCAAUAUAUUUGAAAUGCUUCAAUUAUCCAAGGGGGGGUUUCGUCAGUUAUCUAGCCUCCUGACGGUGUUGGAGAGCUUCACUAAGGAGAUCGUGUGGAGCGAGAAACGUGUGCAGGAGCUGAUAUCUCAAGCGGUCAUGACUUUUGUACCCGAAAUGAAUGAGGAAGAGGUGCGCCACUGCAAAAAAAUACUCAUGAAGCUAGGGUUUGAUCCGCCGACUUUGGAAAAGUGGUGGUCGUCUGCGAGUAAAUUUUCGGGUUCAGUUCAAAGAUUGGGAUGGGGCUCGUCUUUUAAUCGUUCCUCCCGUGGGAAACCCCAAGGUAGGCAUUUCCAAGGAAAGCCAUACAAUCCGAUGGACGAUUUUAUCGAGUAA